AUGGUGGUCUGCUCCUUUUUCCAGCAGGGUCGCUGCAAGUUUGGUGACCGCUGCAAGUAUGAACACCCAGGUCGAGCCACAGCCGGCGCAUCAGGGAACCGAUUCGGCGCACUCUCCGGUGGAGGAUUCGGAGGCCAGCCAACGGGGCCGACCCAAACACCCUCGGACUACGGUGUCACAGCCAACGAUAUCAAGCUCGACCUCACACCCAACAAGGGUCGACCCGAAUGGGUAUUUUCCUCAUACGCGCCAACUCGCAAUGUCCCUCGUCAGCUGUUCGGGGGUCCUCAGCGAGAGCAAAGUAUGGAGGAGAUGCGUCUCCGCCACUACGAACUGACAGCCGCGGGAAACAUGAACCAGGCUGUUCAGGAGGCGCAGGGCUUGUGGCAAGAGGCUGUGAAUCAAAUGGACUCCGCCCUGAACAACCUUGACGGUGCUGUCAAGUAUAUAAUUGACGGUGGCAAUGAACACCCCAACCGCAAUGAUAUCACAGCAGGAGUUCAAGGCCCUACCGGAAACCAGCCAACGCCAUUCGGCCAGCCCGCCGGUCCAGCUACUGGCGCUUUCGGGACCGCCAACGCCCCUGGUACGGGCUUCGGACAGCCUUCGGCCUUUGGUCAACCAUCCACGCUUGGACAACAGGGGUCUGCGUUUGGACAGCCGUCAACUGUAGGGCAGCCUUCAGCGUUUGGUCAGCCCUCCGCCAUGGGGCAGCCAUCAGGCUUCGGGCAGCCAUCUACCUUGGGUCAGGGUGCCGCUUUUGGCCAGCCUGCAGCUCUCGGUGGUGGACCAACUGCAUUUGGGAAGCCAGCAUUCGGUCAGUCAGGAUUCGCGCAAGCUGGAAGUACCCAGUCUGCAUUCGGUCAACCUGCCUUUGGUCAGCCCGCUGCUCCAGCAGCCGGUGCCUUCGGUGCGCCCUCGGGUGCAUCUCCUUUCACACAGGUUCAGGCCCAGCCUGCUACAGGCUUCGGCGCACCCUCUGGACCCUCGCCAUUCGGACAGCCAUCUACUCAGCAGCAGCCUGCAGCAGCGGGCGGCUUUGGUCAACCAGCUGCGCCAUUCGCACAGCCUGGCCAGACCGCAUCACCGUUUGGCCAAGUCCCACAGCAGCCACAGCAGCAAGCACCAGCGGCUACUCCAUUUGGACAACCAUCUGCGGCACCCAAUCCCUUCGGAGCUCCCUCUACACAGCAACAGCCCGCCCCCUCGCCAUUUGGUCAGCCUGCCGCUCCGCAGGGUGUACCUGUUCAGCCGCCUAAUGCUGGACCUCGUGCGUUCAUCAAAAUCGAUGAUCCUAAUGACCUGAAUCCUCUUCCGCAACUACAGGGUGAAACUCGGCGUGACCCCAACACCAAGCGUAUCACCAUGUGGAAGGGUCGUCCGGUGAAUUACGUCAACGAUGCCCCCUGCUACCUUCACCCCCAAGACAACAAGACCUGGGUGCGCAUCAAUUUCCCGGAUGGCCCCCCAGAUGACGCCAGCCUGCGUGAUUCUCAGGGCAAGCCUGAGGAUUACACGCCUGAAAUCGAGGAGAUGUACAAGUUCUUCCUCGAAAACGGAUACUUUAAGGAUGGCGUUAUCCCAUCCGUUCCCCCAAGAAAGGACUUCAUCAGUUAUGACUUCUAG